GGGUAGUUAUUGUGAAGAAGGAUACUUCCUGAUCCAGAAAACCACAGUAGGAGGGUUUUGGAAGAACCACAAAACCAAAAAUGGCUUCUUCUCUCAUGGCUACUCAAACCACUCUUCUUCUCCGCAACCACCGCAUCCACGCCGCCUUCCCUCUCCCCUCACCCCGCUCUCACCUCCAUCUCACCAUCUCUAAACCCAAUUUUAUCCCCUUUUCCCCUCUCCCCAAACCCUUUUAUUCCAGAAUAUCCGCCUCCAUCUCCACGGUGACUGAAUCCCCCAAUCUUCCGAAACCGCCUCCGGAAAUCCUAACCGGCGCGACCCGGACCGUCACGACGCUGGUCGCCAUCGGUCUCACCGCCUCGAAAUUCCUCGCCCACGGACUCCUCAAUCUGGCGGUGCAAUUGAGGGAGCCUCUGCUCCGCUGCGCGGGGCCCGCCUUCUUCGCGGCGGCCAAGGACGUGCCGACGGGGUCGCUCAACACGCCGUUCACGGUGGUGGCGGCGGGGAUGGCGAAGUGGCUGGAUUUGUACAGCGGGGUUUUGAUGGUGCGGGUGCUGCUCAGUUGGUUCCCCAACAUCCCCUGGGACCGCCAGCCGCUCUCUGCAAUUAGGGAUUUGUGCGAUCCCUAUUUGAACCUCUUCAGGAACAUAAUUCCCCCAAUUUUCGACACGCUGGAUGUGAGCCCGCUCCUCGCCUUCGCGGUUUUGGGAACGCUCGGCUCGAUUCUCAACAGCAGCAGGCAGUCUUAUUGAUUGGGGAGAAAUAAUUUGGAGAGGGAGUUGAACUAAGAUUUGAGGAUUAUCUUGAUAAUUCACAGGGACCAAGAAUUGUGUAGAAUGUGUAAAUAGUUUCUCCCAUCAGCAACACUUUAGUCUCACACCAUUUUACAGAAGUAUAAUUUCGUCGGCUUGGCUGUGAUAUGUAUGAGCUUUCUUAUUCAAUGUUGGUUUGGAGAUCUGUGUUUGUAGUGUGUUGGCCUAGAAUUGAUACUGUAAAAGGAGGAUGCAGUUUUGAUUAGUUAUUACUAUAAUUAUUUGAAACUGUUACUGAUAGUUAGAGUGAGUGUGAUUCAUUUCAGAAUUGUUGAACCAAGAUUUAGGAAUCCUGUUUUAAAGUGAAAAUUUAAGUUCA